UCCCAAGCACCAGCAUCGUCCCAAGCACCAACGUCGUCCCAAGCAUCGAGGUUGCGACCGAAUCCUGAACCGCGCCCUGGUGUUUUUAGUUUUGAUAUUGAUGUUAUUGCUGAUGACAUGAAGCGUGGCUUUCGUGGUGAGACAGACAUGCCUUGGGAGGACUUCAAAAGUCGUGUUCUUGCAUUCCUUGAGAGUGCUGCUGAUGACGUCCAACUUGUGUAUAAAUUUGUGGGGGACAACAGUAGAGCUACUCAACUGAAUGAUGCGGAAGCAUUCAGUAUUGCCAUGGACCGUCUUUGUCACAAAGCGUCCAAUGCACGCACACGAGUCGUUGCCCUAGAGGUAAAGAAUGCAGCAGUCAAACAGACUACUACCGCCAAAGCAAAAAAGAGGACACGCACAGAUGAUAUCCCUCCAGCAUCAAGUGACGAGGAUGUGACGCAACUCAAAGCUUACAAACAGCUUGAGAGCCAGAUUCGAUGUGAACUUCACCACGGUCAUUGUUUCGUAGAUCGCACGAGUGGCUAUGAUAACCAUCCUAAGUCAAAGACACCCAGUCCUCCGCCGCUUUUGCAGCCACACCACUUUGAUACCACAGCUUGGUCGAAGACUCCCAGUCCUCCGCCGCUUUCGCAGCCACGUCACUUUGAAUCUGCAAGCCAUAUCCCUAGCGCAUCAUUUCCAGACUAUCCAAAAGUUGGGGUGCUGCUUGAACUGAUCAAUGCUGAAAGACCAGAAUUGCGACUUGCCGAACUUGAAACACCCCUGCUAGAUGCAGGGGUAGUUUUAUCGAGCCAAGUAAUACUUCUACCGGAGGAUGUGCUGAGUGUGAUCGGCAAUAUGGGACAAAGGCGAGCCAGAAUCCUCCGCAAUUAUGCUAAAUGGACUGUUCUACCGCUCCUUGGACUC